GGCGACAUCAGUAAUGUAAGGUGAUUUCCUUAAUCUUGAGUUUACCCGCUCAAUGAAGACAUUUGGUACGGUCUGUUGCCGCUGUGUAUUGCUCCUCUUCCUGAAAGACUCUCACAGAAGAGCUGCUGAUGUCGCCGGACGGAAGCUGACCUGCAUGUAAAUUUUCAUGAUCCUCAAGAAUGCCAGUCCUAUUCCCCAUGCCAAGGAACCAGUGAAGCAGUGAUAAAGCUCAGUAGGAUCAGCUGCGCAGCACUGUACAUGCUGCUUGGUGCCAAUUCUUGCAAAUGGCUUGCUGUCUGAAGGACGAGCUCCUCUGUUCCAUCUGUCUCAGCAUCUAUCAAGACCCAGUCAGUUUCGGCUGCGAACACUACUUUUGCCGAAAGUGCAUUACAGAGCAUUGGAGCCGUCAGGAGCCUCACGGAACGCGGGAUUGCCCUGAGUGCCGCCGAACCUUUAAUGACCCUCUGCUUUCUCCAAGUCUGAAGUUGUCCAAUAUUGUGGAGCGUUACUCCGCCUUCCCACUAGACGCGAUACUAAACGCUCAGAGAAACUCCUACCCUUGCAAGGACCACGAGAAGGUCAAGCUUUUCUGUCUCACUGACAAAAGUCUGGUGUGUUUUUUCUGUGACGAACCGGCACUGCAUGAGCAGCACCAGGUGACCACGAUUGACGAAGCCUACGAGGAGAUACAGAGGGAGAUGAAGGAACAGCUGGCCACCCUGCAGGACAGUGAGAAGGGGCACACCGAGGCCCUGCAGCUCCUUCAAAGACAACUCACCGAGACCAAGUCUUCAGCUAAGAGUCUGCGAGCAACCAUCGGUGAUGCAUUCGAUCGACUUCACCGCUUCCUGCGCGAGCGUCAGAAGAGCAUGCUGGAAGAACUGGAGACGGAUACGGCCAGAAAGCUCGCAGACAUCGAGCACAAGAUCCAGCGUUACAGCCAGCAGCUGCGAGACGUCAAGGAAGGAAUACAGAUCCUGCAGGAGCGCCUCAACGAAGCAGGCCGGCACGAUUUCCUAGAGGGAGUAGCCGUCACAUCCGAGAGGAUCAAAGGGAAGAUACAUGAAACCAAUCUGACGUACGAAGAUUUCCCAACAUCGAAGUACAUGGGGCCCUUACAGUACACCAUUUGGAAGUCUCUUUUCCAGGAUGUCUCUCCAGUGCCUGCGGCGUUGACCCUCGACCCCAUCACAGCCCACCAAAGACUGAUCCUUUCCGACGACUGCACCAUUGUUGCUUAUGGGAAUCUGCACCCACAACCUCUGCAGGACUCCCCACGCCGCUUCGACGUGGAGGUGUCGGUUCUGGGUGCGGAGGGCUUCGCAUCGGGCGUCCACUACUGGGAGGUGAUGGUCUCGGAGAAAACCCAGUGGAUGAUCGGCGUGGCCAAUGAGACGGUCAGCCGUAAAGGCAGCAUCCAGAUCCAGCCCAGCCGUGGCUUCUACUGCAUCGUCAUGCACGACGGGAACCAGUACAGCGCCUGCACCGAGCCCUGGACCCGUCUCAAUGUCAAGAGCAAGCUGGAGAAAGUCGGGGUGUACCUGGACUACCCCAAAGGUCUGCUCAUCUUCUACAACGCAGACGACAUGUCCUGGCUCUACACUUACAGGGAGAAGUUCCCCACCAAGGUCUUCCCGUACUUCAGCCCGGGCCAGAGCCACGCCAACGGCAAGAACGUGCAGCCACUGCGGAUCAACACCGUUCGCCUUUAAGCGUCCGUCACGCGAUGAAAUGGACCGGUUUGGGUGUCGGAGAUGUUUGUUUCUUCCAAUUCUGUGUUGAAAAACGUGCUUGAUGUCGUCGAUUAAAUCUCACCGCUGUAACUCUCAUGACUUGAAAAGUGUCAGUCUGCAUUUGAGCCUCUUGGACCGAUGGUGCUGACACAUGGAGCUCCUGGACUCCUGGGACCUGCAACAGUGACCCCCGCUCCCGCUCCUCUUCUUCACCCCCCCCUCCUGAAUGACUGUCUCAGGUCUGCCUUGCACAACUCCAGGGAGGGCAGCGUUCGACACAUGCAGGCACGCGUGGAGCGUUUUUGACCACUGGCUUCAAACGGCUUUCAUUCUCACCCGUUUCUGGCUAAGAGCUCUGCUCGUUCACCAGCAAAUGUCAUGUUUCCCUCAAAGCUAAACUAAAUAAUGCAGUGGAGUCACAGUCAAACACCCAGGAGUUUAUUAUUGAAUUUCCUUCUUUACAUUUCACCCGAAUUAGAGCUUAGCUUAGGCAUCUGUAAUGUCACUCAGGGUAUAUUUAGGAAACAAUGAAGGGUCUUGCUAAUAAUAUUUAAAAUAAUUCUCUUCAGGUUAAUGACCACUCAAUGAUGCUAAAUGUCUUAAUCCAUCCACAAACUCCUGAAUUGUCUCAUGACCCUAAAAAGCCCUGUUGCAUUUCAACUGGCUGCUUUCAGUCGUGUGAUGGAGACUAAAAGUAGCGGACGAAUGUUUAAAUCAUCGGCAUGACGCAGCUCCUCUGACACGCGCAACCAACUGAUUUAGGCCUCGCAAUAAGUGCAGUUGUUAAAGUCAUCUAAGAGUGAAGAACAGAGUUGUAAACACCUUUAUUUUGAUCUGUAAGACACGAACUGAAUUCAGAACUAUCUUUUGGUUAUUUCUCACAUAAUUCAGCUCUCGCAUCAUCUAGAAUCAAAUGGCUUCACUCUUGAAGGAGUGGGGAAACCGUCCAGCAAAAUCCAAAAGAGAACUCUCCAGAACUUCUUCUACGUUUGUGAUUCGUGUCGUGGUCGUGUUGAGUCGGGGCGGCGCACCAGGGACCGUGGUUGGAUGUGUGACCGCUGCGUGCAGUAUGAUGAAAUCUUGAGGUCAAAUUUGCUUCACCGCGGUCUGUGGCCUAAAGAAACGUUACUGAAAACCAAUUUUCAUCAGCUCAGUCCUUCCACACCAAUUCUUUGAAAUCAAAUAUGAGAUUACGUUUCAGAACUAUAAUGACUAUGACACUUUUUAAUAAUGAUGAUGAUGAUUGUGUCUCUUGAUGAGUGUUUUCUUUUGCACCCAGAAUUGUUGACAAACUUCGGUCUGCUUUUGCUGCUGGAGGUUUGUGGGGAAAGUUUUAAUGUCAAAUAAAUUACUGUUAAAAACAUCCUCUUGUGAUUUAUUUCCUCUGGUAUUUGAUGUAAAAUUCAAGCCUCGUGUGUGCGAUGUUGUAUUUUGUGGCUGACCAAAACAAUAAAUGCAGUUGAAAACAAAGUCGGUCACGCACAGAGCCGACAUUUUAGACACCGUAGCUUUAAGCCAAUGAAAGCACGUACAGCUCUUACAGG